AUGCCAAAGAAUAAUGAAACUGUAGUGAAGUGUAAGUGGGUGCUGCCUAAAAAGAUGAACAUUGAUAAUAGUGUUCGCUACCGUGCCCGUUUAGUAGCUAAAGGCUAUAUGCAGAAGCAAAAUGUGGACUACUCAGAGAUCUUUUCGUCUGUAGUAAGGUCAUUCAACUUUGAGAUUACUCUUUGCAUUAUCUGUAAACUUGAUACACAUCUUGAUGCCACUGCAGCAUUCUUGAAUGGGGACCUUGAGGAGACAAUUUAUAUUGAAAUACCAGAAUGCUUAUCCAAUUCUCAAAAUAACUAUAAUAAUAAAGUACUUAAACUGAAUGAAGCUAUUUAUGGUCUAAAGCAAUCCUCAAGGGCCUGGUACAAGAGUGUUGAUGAAUGUCUUGUUGGCAAAUGGUUAUAA